CAAUCACUCAUUCACUCUCCCCUUUUACGCGUAAUUCAAAAACUACCCCCAAUUCUAGGGUUUCAAUCACUUCUCAGUCCCGUCUUCCUUCUUCUCAAUUUCCCUUCCCACUUCCAUAUUCCUCCUCCUCCUCAAUUACGCUUUCAGUUCCAAUGCUCGGCCGCAGGAGUCAGUAGCCUACUUGCUGUUUGUGCAUACACUGAUUAACCAAUCUUUCAUUUGGUGAAUGGUGAUUAUUGAUUUAUGCCAUGGUGAAGGGAAAGCUUAUUUUAAUUUGCCAGUCUGGUGGUGAAUUUGCGAGUGAUGCCGAUGGAACCUUGUCAUAUAAUGGAGGAGAGGCAAAUGCUGUAAAUAUCAACCAAGAUACUCCAUUUGAUCAUCUGAAGAUAAAAUUGGCAGAGAUGUGCAAUCUGGAGCUUAAAACAGUGUCAAUUAAAUACUUUCUUCCAGGAAAUAGGAAAACUCUUAUUAAUUUAAGGAGCGAAAGGGACUUCAAAAGAAUGGUUGAGUUUCAUGCUAAUUCUGUUACAGCUGAGAUGUUUGUCAGUGGGAAGGAAGGUUUUGAUCACGAAGCAUUGAACACAUACACUGACAGUUCCAGGACAAUUGGGUUAAAACUGGCUGAGAACGUAAAACAACAUGGCACGCCUGCAACAGCAGCUGAUUCUGAUGGUCUGAGUACAACACCUUCAAAAGCUACGCCGUUAAGGACUGUUCAUAUUGAUGCUGCCUCUCCUAUAGCUAUUCAAAGUGAUUGUCUGGUUGAUGUACAUAUCAGCUGCCAGGAACCAGCUAUUAAUGCAACAGCUGAUAGCUCCAGUCAAGCCACUACUUCGUCAAACCCUUUUUCUGGCCAUGUUGCUGAGGAUGAUUCUGACUAUGCUCCACGCUCACGUGCUGCUGUUGGUACUACUGCUCAGAGCCCAAUCAGCUUUGACUAUGAUAGUACCCCUGCUGAUACUGUAAAGAAGCGCAGGCGCACUGCUUCAUGGACAAUUGGUGCCAACGGUCCAACCAUUGUCGUGACCGGUAAUGAUUCUAAGGAGAAAAUAUCACGGAAGAAGAAGAGUCGAAGUUCAACUGGUGUAAUGGACAGUAAUGACAUGGUGGAGGAUGGAGAUUAUGUUCAAUUACCUGAUGAUUCUGACAGCUCCUCUGCAGUUGCUCUUCGUGAUGAAGAUCUGCCAGAGAAACUAGUUGCCACUUGGAAAGAAGGUAUUACUGGUGUCGGUCAGGAUUUUAAGAGUGUGAAAGAGUUCCGGGCUGCACUGCAAAAGUAUGCUGUUGCUCAUCGCUUUGUCUACAAGUUGAAGAAAAAUGAUGCUUCCCGUGUAAGUGGCAGAUGUACCGUAGAGGGUUGCUCUUGGAGAAUUCAUGCAUCUAGGGUCCCUGCUGCUCAAACAUUUAGGAUCAGAAAGUUUAAUUAUUUGCAUACAUGUGGAGGCGAAUCGUGGAAGUCUGGUCAUCGUACAAGGAAUUGGUUGGUAAGUAUCAUUAAGGAAAGAUUACGAGAUUCUCCAAAUGACAAACCCAGGGAAAUCGCUGAAGGCAUUUUGCGUGACUUUGGGAUUAAAUUGAGAUAUAGACAAGUACGGCGAGGGAUGGAAGAUGCCAAGGAGCAACUUCAAGGUUCGUACAGAAAGUCAUAUAACAGGUUACCUUGGUUCUGUGAAAAGGUAGUAAAUACUAAUCCUGGUACUGUUGCUAAGCUUAUGAUAAAUGAUGAAAACAUACUACAGCGCUUCUUUUUCUCACUUCAUGCCUCAAUACAUGGUUUCAAGCACGGUUGCCGACCUCUUAUUUUCCUUGAAGCUACAUCUCUAAGAUCAAGGUACAAGGAGACUUUGUUGACAGCAACUGCAGUUGAUGCAGAUGAUGGUUUCUUUCCAGUUGCUUUUGCAGUAAUAGAUAUUGAAAAUGAUGAUAGUUGGCGUUGGUUUUUGCAGCAACUAAAAUCUGCAUUAUCAACUUCUCAAUCUAUAACUUUUAUCUCAGAUCGAGAGAAGAAUUUAAAGAACUCUGUUCUUGAGGUGUUUGAGAAUGCUUGUCAUGGCUAUUCCAUUUUUCAUCUUCUGGAAAGCUUCAAGAGAAAUCUGAAGGGUCCAUUCAAUGGUGAUGGGAGAAAUGUUUUACCUGAAAUUUUCCUUGCCGUUGCUCAUGCAGUCCGACUUGGUGGUUUUAAAAAUUCGACUGAGAAAAUCAAACAGAUUAGUUCACACGCAUACGAUUGGGUGAUCCAGAUUGAGCCAGAGUGUUGGACAAGUUUGUUAUUUAAGGGUCAGCACUAUAAUUAUGUAACAGAGGAUGUUGCAGAACCAUACUCCAAGUUGAUUGAGGAUUCUCGUGGAUCAACAAUAAUGCAAAAAAUUGAAGCCUUAAUAUGUAUGCUCGGUGAUCUAAUAGAUCAUCGUAAAUUGGAGUCAAGUAAUUGGUCCACUAAACUUACUCCGUCAAAAGAGAGAAAGAUACAGGAAGAAGCUGUUAAAGCUCAUGGUCUAAAAGUUCUAUUCUCAUCUGAUGUCCUAUUUGAAGUUCAUGAUGAGAUGACUCAUGUUGUGAAUAUUGAAAACCGUGAGUGCACAUGCCUGGAGUGGAAACAAAGUGGGCUGCCUUGCUGCCAUGCGGUUGCUGUGUUCAAAUCUAUUGGUAAAUGUGUGUAUGAUUACUGCUCGAGCUACUUUACAGUUGAAAGUUAUCGUUCUACAUAUUCUGUGUCUGUAAACCCGAUACCUGGGAUUGGAGCACCAGUUGAAGAAGAUGGUGAGUCAGAUACUGCCGAGGUGUUACCCCCUUGCCGUUCAGAAUCGCAGAUUGAGGAAAAACCAAAGGAAACCAAAACUUUAGACCCGGAUAAGAGGACAGUCAGUUGCAGCAGGUGCAAGGAACCAGGACAUAAUAAAGCUUCAUGCAAGGCCACUUUAUAGGUCCUUGCUUCCUCCUUGUUUGCAUCUUGUACAUCUCUUACAAUUACAUGGUAAUGACUUGUGAUGUAUUGUUCUUCUUUGUAAUUUGUUGCGCUCUGCGUUUCUACUUCACAGAAGACAGUCAUUAUUUCCAUUGGUAAAAGCUGGUAUAUUUCUUCAUCUAUGGGUAAUUUCUUCCUCA